AUGGGCUCCUCAUCUUCAAAGCCCGCGCGCAAGCUGGCAGAUACAGCUCAAUCAGCCGUGCGCUCUUCAGGAGGGUCUUCCAGGGCAGGCUUACCUCCAAAUGCCAGCCCCAGCCCCAGCGCCAAUGCCAAACCGAGCGCGUCUCGCUCUUCGCACCCUUCCAGCGACGCAGACGCAUCAUCAGCUUCAGCUUCGGCCUUUAACAUCAGCCGAGCUUCGCCUUCACUCACAUCCGAUCCGUCCAAAGCUGCCAGACCCACAGCAGGCCCUCGAGAUGGCGCAGCUGGUCUGAAUCAGAAGUUCAGCGAGAGCAAGACGGACGCGAUCAGGGAAGAUGCUAGGGAUCCUCACUUGAUCGCUAAUUUGGCAAGCUUGGGACCUGCAAAGGUCAAGAGGAACAGGUUGACCUACAGACCCAAUGAUCAAAUGCUUGGCAUCUUGCAAGCUCGACAGAAGCGGGAGCAACAGGAAGCGCAAAGCGCAACAGAUUCCACCUCCAACAGCGGCGUUGCGGGAGCUCAAAACAGCUCGAACCACAUGUCUGCCAAUUCCAUCUCGACGCUUUUGGAUGCGCGCAAGAGCUGUCGUUCAGCAGAGGAUGUGCGAGCUCUUGCUCACGGGUACAAUAUAGAUGUGCAAGUGUUGGAGAAUCUGGCUAGAUGGGUCACCAGUCCUAGCGUGGUGCCCAGACCCACCAAGAAGGUUCAUGAGGGAGAUGACGAAACACCGUUGGCUGAUGCAGUUUGGACGGAACCUGCUCUUUCCAUUGGUGCUUUGGAGCGGCCAAAGACGUGA